UUUACCUUGAAGAACUAGUUUUUCUCUCCUUAGAUCUAUAUAUCACAAGUGAUCACUUUCCUCUCGUUUCCUCUCGUUUCCUCUCCUAAUCAAAUAACUUACGAAUUCACAGAUAAGAUAGAAGAAAGGGAAAAGAAAAUGUCUUCACUUCGUUCAGAUCCGGUUCACAGAAUUCAUCCUGAGCCGAUCGAUCACUUCGACCGUCUUCCCGAUUCUCUUCUCCCUUUAGUCUUCAACAAGAUCGGUGACGUUAAAGCUCUCGGCCGAUGCUGUGUCGUUUCGCGUCGUUUCCGUUCCCUCGUUCCUCAAGUCGAAAACGUCGUCGUUCGUGUCGAUUGUGUUAUCUCUGACGACGAUUGUUCCCCUUCUUCGUCUUCCUACGAUAAGUCACGCGCCGCCGGUCCGAUUUCUAACCUCUUACGUAUCCUUCUUGGAGGCAUUGCCAAACCUUUUCAAGCUUUGGUUCAGUUUCUUGGUCCAAAACGGCCCGUUAUCAAUGAAACCCUUAACACCCACCCUGUCUCUUCCUCUUUAUCAGUCGGUCCCGGUGCCGAUGUUAAUGAUGGGGAAAUGGAGCAAGGUGGGGUGACCCAUCAUUCACCGACGCAAGUACUUAGAAAUUUCAACGAGAUUCGUUUCCUCCGGAUCGAAUUACCCAGCGGUGAGUUAGGGAUCGAUGAUGGGGUUCUUUUGAAAUGGAGAGCCGAUUUUGGGUCAACUCUUGAUAAUUGCGUCAUCCUCGGAGCUGCUUCCGUUACUAAGAACGUAAAUUUGCAAGUAGCGGAGUGUGGGAACAAUGGGUUUUGCCCCAGUAAUAACAUCGCCAACGGUUUAAAUGUCGGUAACGGCGAUGACAAUGGGAGUAUUCCCGAGUCGUUUUAUACCAACGGAGGGUUGAAAUUAAGGGUUGUUUGGACGAUUAGCUCGUUGAUCGCAGCAUCAGCGAGGCAUUAUUUACUUCAACCGAUAAUCGCAGAGCAUAAGACGCUAGAUAGCUUGGUUCUAACCGAUUCGGAUGGUCAAGGGGUGCUUUGUAUGAAUAGAGAUCAGCUUGAGGAGUUAAGAGUGAAGCCAUUAUCUGCUUCUUCUGCAUCGAAAAGGACACUGGUGCCGGCACUGAAUAUGAGGCUUUGGUAUGCCCCUCAGUUGGAAUUGCCUGAUGGGAUUGUUUUAAAAGGUGCUACUUUGGUUGCUAUUAGGCCAAGUGAACAAUCUGCUUCAAAGAAAGAGGUCUCUGAUGCUUCUUGGUUAUCAACUGCUUUUGAAGAGCCUUAUGGAACUGCAGCUAAGAUGCUUGUUAAAAGAAGGACUUACUGUUUGGAGAUGAACUCGUUUUGAUCUCUGCUUCCUGCUCUUUGAAGGGAGAGCAGUCGAGCACAAUGGUCGAGGGGGAAGAAGGCAUAGCAUACUUUUGGAAAGCUGACGAUCAAACAACAAUUUUGUUACGUGUUGUAGCUUUUUAAUGCAAGAGCAGUGUCCUGUGAAAGCUGAAACCUUGCUUAUGAAUGCCAUUGAAAGCAAUCGACGCAUGUUGAGAAUGCAGUGCAAGUGUUUCAGCUUUUGUUCUUCAACUGAUAGCCAAAAUGAAUGCAUCUGCUGGUUGUUUUUAUGUCAGGCAUAUGCUUGUAAGAGUGCACACCUGCAACUAGAUCUCAUGCUGUGUAAGAGCACCGAGUUUUUCAGUCCUUUUACUUCUUUUUUAAUCUAUAAUCCCUCUAUAUGUGAAUAUUGUAGGUAUGAAGAUCUCAUGCUUUAUGUUCUAUAUUUAUGAAGUUAAUGAAGAAUUGUAGUUUGCAGUUUGCA